GGGGAGCGCAGUGUGCGAUCGCCGUUCGAGCGGUUCGGUUUAUGUCAUGAGAGAUCGUUCUGCGUAACGGCUCGUUGUUUCUCACUCGGGAGUACGAUUUGAUAACGUACGUUUUUUUUUUUUUUUGCCUCCUUUCUUUCUUCUUUUCUCUUAAAAAUCAUUUCUCUCGUUUAUAAUAUCGAGUAAUUCAAAUAAGAAUAAAAGAUAGGCGAUUGUGGUACGCGUAAAAAAAGGUUGGAUGCUUAUUAUAAGUCAUUUAGAAGAGAUGUUACCGAAUAAUAAAAGAUAGUGGUGUGCACAGGCGGUCCACCAAGAUGAUUAUUUAAAUACAAUUUUUAAUGUAAAGAGAAAAAGAGAAAGAUAGAGAGAGAGAGAGAGAGAGAGAGAGAGGAAGAAGACUGAAAGAAAUAUAAGACAGAAUUAGAAAAAGAAAUCGAAGAAAAACGAAAGGACAUAGGAGGCUUAAAAGACCGUGAUCACGGUCUUAAUAAGAAAUGGGCAAGAAGGGCUCCAAACGGAAGACCCGAUGGAGAACCCUAAGUAUUGGUGCUCCACCAGUAGAGGAGGACGAAGAAGAAGACUUACGAAAUGGAUACGUAAAAGGUCAACAAAAUGACACAAGCUCUCAUAGUUUCGAUCGAAACGGACAAACUGAGUAUAAACCAAGAAGAAGCAUUGUUGGAUCCAGUGGUAGCAGUGGUUAUGCGAGUGGAACAUCCAGAUCGAGAAGAGACGACUCUACAGGGUCUCUGUCGCAACCUAAAAUUAUAUUUAACGAGGAUGAAUAUACGAGGAUUACUACACCCAGACAAGAUGUUUUAUUCAAGAAGGGUUAUCUAUCCCGUAAAAAACCAUGGACUGGUAAUGCCAGUACCAGUGCUACCCCAUCGACCACUGAAAGUCAAUCAGCCUCGCAUUCAACCGCAGGUAGAGAUGGUAGCGAAACAACAGAGGAUCAACAAUUAUUGGAUAGGGAUAGCGCGUCUGGUGAAUAUCCUCCAGGAAUUGAUCCAGCUGCUCAAGUUGGUUACGGAACAUUUUAUGAUCACGCCAGUGGUUAUUAUUACGAGUAUCCAGUGAUGUUGGUAGGACCUGCACCAGUUCCUGCUCAAAUUGGACCUAGCAUUCUUGCAGCUUUGCCAUGUGCUUCAGUACCUUUAAGACCAAUUGAGUGGAUCAAUCCAGCUUUCGUACCAAAACUAUCUGGUCAAUCUUAUUGUAUGAUGGACUCCAAUGAUAGUAAUUAUCAGAGUGGUCAAAGUACAGAAAUUCAUCCAGUGGUAAUAGAAGAACAUGGGAAUGCAUUAGUACCGGUAGAAAAUUCUAAUGGUAUGUGGAACGAAAGUGUUACUGAAAGUGCAAGUUGCAAUGGAAGUGCUGCAGAAGAGAUGGAAGAACAACAACAGCCGCAACAACAAGAGCAACAACAAGAACAAGGGGAAGAAACGUACAUGACGACAGGAGAAAUGGUCAAAGAGGAUAAUCGAACAGAAGAGUUUUACAGUGUAGCAGAUCAAUGUCCAAUGAUAGAAGAAAACAACGAUGAGGGAAAUGGUGGUGGUCCUUAUCUUGAACCAAUAGUGAUGCAGCAAGCACCUAUACACCACAUGCCACAUGUGAUACCAGCCAUACCACAACCAUAUAUGUAUCCUGGUCACUACAUGUUCGGUCCACCACUGGUCAACGUUAAUGGUGUAACCAUACAAGGAGGACCAAUGAUCAGAACAACAGAUGUUACAAGAGUGACGACUGCUUACAACAAACGAAGAAAGAAGAAAAGAAGUAGAAAGCAAAGAAGACUCGCGUUGGUUAAUCCUGAAGAUGAUGAAGAGGAUUACAGUUCCGAUGGAGAAAGUGCUUUAUCGUCUUCUCGGACAUCUUCUUGGUCUACGUGUCCAGCUCUGGUUACAACAACAACAAUAACAACAACCACAGCAACGACAACGACAACAACGACGACAACAUCAACGAGGACGACGAAUCGACCCCUUAAUCCAGAGUGUGAAGAAUUUCAACUUCGUCCAGUCGUCGAACGCGAUGCGUUACCACCAUCGCCAUCACCAUCACCAUCACCAUCAUUACAACAACAGCAUAUCUCUGAAAAAACUGAACAAUUACUUGGAACAAGUACGUUUACCGAAGGAAUACAUGAGAACGGUAAUAAUGCUUCUUGCGAAACAAAAUAUUAUAAUACUUCCUGUAAGGAUAUGAGCAACAAAGAAAAGGAAGAAGUGGCGACAUUGAAUGAAAUUCACGAUAAGAAUUUGAAAUCAUUCGUGAAAGAGUCAUCAUCAUUGUCAUCGUCGUCGUCGUCGGUAUCGACGUCAUCUAACAAUCAAGUUGACUCUUUGACUAAUCCAGAGAAUAGACUGAUCAACUACCUCUCUGAUAAUAAUAAAGUCAACUCAACGAAUGAGGAGAUUACAGACUACGUAAUUAACGACGCAAGGACUGAAAGUAAAGCGUCGUUGUUAAGGACUGAUAUUAAGGACGUCCCUAAUAAUAGUUCGUUCAGUGCCAAUGAAUUAUCCGAACGAUCUAAUAGCAACGUUAAUAAGACAUUUCCAUCGAAAUUAUACGUUGAACGUGAUAAUGAAAUAUUAAUAAAUGGACAACUAUCUACGAACGAAGAAAAAGAAGAUGGUAUUGACGAUGAUACAGAAGUAAUGAAUAAAAUUAUUCCAUCUUUGGAAAAUCGUACCUUGCUGUCCAAAAUAGUAACAACGUCCUCGGCAUCGGCAACAGCAUCAUCGUCGUCGUCAAGAUUGUUGAAUCAAUUGGAUCCCGAGGAAGAAACGAUGGAAACCAACUAUGUUAAUACUCGACAAGAAGAGUUGCAAGAAACAUCCGAAUCGUUGGGUACUACGAAGGGUAAAACAACGAUUUUAUUAUCUACGAAAAAGAAGUACAAUUCGAAAGGUACAAAGUUAACAAGAGAAUCAACACCCGAUCCAACUAACUCAAAUAAUAAUAAUAAUAAUAAUAAUAAUAAUAAUAAUAAUAGUAAUAAUAGUAGUAGUAAUGGUGCUGCUAUUGGAGUCGAAUGUGAGAGCAAAACAGUUAUUUCAUUUGAUACAAUCGAUAAUAACGUUGACAACGCACAGCAACCACCGACACUUUCAUUACCCUUCGAUUCGGAAUCCGUAUCUAUUAUUGGAAAAGAUAAUAACGAUAUUGAAGUUGAAGAUCGUGUAUCGAGCGAAUCCGCAUUUGAGACUGCAAGAGACAAUGUCGAUAAUAAGACUGUUAGCGAAGACGUCGCUGAAAAUUCGAACGAUGAUUCUGGUUUCGAGACCCAAACGCGUCAUCCCGAAUAUCGUAUUACCGAAGCCGUAACCGAAUGGUUAAGAAGAGCUAACUCACCUGACGUAUUUAUUAAAAAAUCAGCGAUUAUUUCGGACGAUAGCGAGGAUAACGUAAACGAGGAUGAUUUCGAUGAAGAGCCGCCAAAAAACUUGCAAGGCAACCCCAUACCUGCACUAUCUUUUAAUAGCAAAGCCAAUGAUGAUCACUCGUCGUGCAUGGCUAGCUGCAGCGAAUUCGCAAAGAUUAAUAACAACAUUGAGAACGAUAAAGAGCGCAACAAUGAUUUAUUAUCAGCAGUUAAUAAAAGGAAAACAACAACUUAUGUUCGAGGUAUUAAGAAAUUAUCAAGAGAUAGAUUCGCUAGACAUGUUGUAAAUAAAAAUGAUAAUAUUCUUAACACCAAAGCUAGACUUUCUUGCUUCGAUUAUUCUUAUCAACAACAACAACAACAACAACAGGAAAAGGAGAAACGACAAGAAGAAGUAGAAGAAUUCACAAGAAAAUUAAGAAAAAAGAAUCUGCUGAAAACAAAUGUUGCGGGGGUUUGCGAAUUUGUUGAGAAGGAUAGUGUUGCGGGUAUGAGGGUUGCUAACAGCUCUCGGAUGAAUUCAAAAAGAAACAACGUCAGACGUGGAAGAAAAAUGGAGAAAGUUCAUAAAAGACCGGCUGAAAGUAUGAACGUUAAGAUAAGAUGUAUUAAUGACGUUGCUGGUAUGGAGGAUGAAGGAAUUGCAGAGGAGGAUACUAUGAAUGUUAGAACAUUUGAAAAAGGAGAAAUAAUUGUUUCAAUAGAUGGGAAAUUUCUUCAGAUUUCACCGUUCGCACAGUUCGUGAAUUAUGUUGAGAAUGUAUCCAAAAGUAUUAGUCAAACGAACAAGAUUAAUGUGAAAAAGACAAUAGUUGAUACUAAUAAUAAACUAGAAAAAGAAAUGAUGGAUAAGAAAAAAAGAAAUAGCAAUGAUGACGACGAUGAUGAUGAAGUAGAAAGUACAGUUGCUUCGUUGAUUAGUAUAGAGGAACCUGACGUAUUAGAAUGUUGGGAAGCAGAAACUAUUGAGCCAAUAAGAACUCCAAAGAAAAUGUUACUAAGUCAAGGUGUAUCCUAUGAAGGAGAAGCCGCUGAGGAAGAUAAUUUUCAAGCCGAGGAAGCUAUCAUAGAGCAUGUACAGAAGUAUUACAGAUUCGCACGUGAAAGCGCUACGAGUAUUGAAGAGGAGCCAUUAGAAAGUAAAAUAAAUGCGCUCGAUCUUAAGCCAUUUAAUAAAUCCAAAAUGGUGCCAAAUAGUCCUGUUGAAUUGAUCAAAGGUUAUCAAGGAGAAGAAAUUCCAAUAAUAAUGCCAAAUGAAAAAGACACAAGUAUAGUGGGAAAACUUAAAAUACCCAUCGAUGAAGCUUAUGAGGUAUAUGAAAGUUGCUACAUGGAUAAAUCACAAUCCAUAACUCUUGAUUCAAUUUUUCAAUCACGUAAAACAUUAAAUCGUCAAGAGGGCGAAGGACCUAUACCAUGCAGAGCGGUUUGUUGUAGCAUUCAAUAAUAAUAUUAAAUAACUGACAAACCAACAGUUAUAUAACUUCAUUAUAAAUAUAAUGUCUUGGAGAAAAAAGACAAAGAACGCGAUGAUUGUUCUAAGGCUGCACAUUUCGAUUGUACUCCUAAUGACACUGUACUUUUUCCACAAACAUUAUAUAUAUAUAUCAACGUAUAUGUUUACACCAUUGCCUCGAAAGUGAAAGAUCGAAAUUUAUUCAUUAUAUUAUAAUAUGAAGUAUGCGUUAAUAUAUUUUUAUCGUACAACAAAAAUCAUAAUUCUUCAAGAAAUAUUUCGAACGAAUCGCGGGACAAACGGGGAACGAAACAUAUAAAAAAAAAAAAAAAAAAGAAGACUGUUCUUUCUUUUCUGUUUUAGUUCUUUUUUUUUGUAAAUAAUUAUAUUUUUAUCAUCUCGUCAUAUUUCACAAAUACUCUUCAAUCGAACAUUAUUACCCGCAUUGUAUCAAAGAAAAGAAAAAGAAGAAAAAGCAUUAACGUUAUUGUUUCUACGAAUUAAUGAUUAUCACGAUGGGUAGAAACUACUUGGCGCACAUAUUUCUAUUUCUAUGAUGACGAGCAUGCAAGUCAUGCAUGUUUGAUGAUCUUGCCAAGAAACAAGAUUAAUCGAAUAUCUAUCAUCCCGUUAUCUUUAUUUAACGGAUAGAAAUCAUUAAGAGAAUAAAACGAAGAAUUAAAAAAAGAAAGGAAGAAAAAAAUAAAGAAAAGAAAGGGAAUGGAAAAAUAAUGGAAACACAAGCGACGACACGUUGAUUAUUUUUCUUGUUCUUAUUAAAAAGAAAAAAUAUAAAAAGUAUGUAUUAAGCACGAUACGAAUUAUUAUUAUUAUACCAUGUCUGAUAAUGACUAAAAAAACCUAUUUUUUACAAGCUCCGUUUAAUCCACCGAAUUUUACAUAAUAAUUGAAUAAUCAAGUUCGUGUACCACGUUAAAAAAACUACCUUCGCUUAAGGGAAUACCUUGAAUUUGUUGUUCGAAGAUAAAAAACGUAAUUGAAGAUACUAUAGCUUAUAUUAGGGAACUCGCUAUAUUAAUUAAUCGCUUCAUUCAAUUUCCUAAGCCGUGGGCUUAUAUUAUUAUUAUUAUUAAAUGAAGAUUAAAAAAAAAAAUAACAAGAGAAAAAAUAGAGUAAGAAGAACUCGGAAACAAUUACUUCUUAUAUACUUUGGGUAGUAUAACGUAUGGAUAUUGACAUGAUUAUGGCAUUAUGUUUGGCUAGGUAUAUAUGAUAAUCUAGACGAAAAACAAAAAAUGCAGUAGAUUACGUAGUUAUAUCCUAGCUGUUGAAAAGAAAAGAAACAAACAAAGAUUAAAAAAGUAAGAUACGAACAAAUAAGAAAAAAUAAUUAACAUAUAAUGUACAUAAGUUAAUGCUCAUAUGUGACAAUGAGCAAAGUUACAUUGAUUUGAAAAUAUUCUAAAACAAUAGAAAAGAAUAUAAAAGUUACGUUGAAAUAGAUGCAUACAUACAUAAAUACAUAAAUACGUACAUACAAUUGAUAUAAUAGUUGCACACUUUGCUUGUAUACGCAUACGUGUACUUACUUACACAUGCAAGAAGAAGAAGAAGCAGAAGAAGAAAAAAAAAAUAUAUAACAGAAGCUGUUGUUAUGUCAUAAUUCAUAUUAGUUUCAUAUAGCAGGGAAAAAAAGGAUAAUAUACCUCAGGUUGGUAAAAAAUGUAUAUCUCGAUUGAAAGAAAAAGAGAAAGAAAAAAGAAAAAGGAAACGUAUGGUUCACUAAUAUCGUAUGUAUCUCAUAUCAUAAUAUACAAACAUACCUCAAAGAAAAAUGUAUAUAUUUAAAAGCGCUAUUCAUCCAAACAAAUAAACAAACACACACACACACAUAAUAUUGACGUCAGGUAUAAUAAUAAAUAAAAAUAAUAAUUAAUAAUUAAUAAUAAUAAUAACUAAUAUUAAUAUUAAUAUAAUAAUAAAAUAAUAAUAAUCUAAUCAUUAAUCUCUCGGAGCAACAGCGAUAUAUAGAGAAGACAGUCGUUCCUGCAAUAUCCUAAUUUUUCCAAGGUACAUGAAAAGCAUCGAUUAUUUCCAGGAUAAAUCCAUAAAGUUAAUAGUAAUUCAUUCACUUUAAAGUAUAUUAAUGAUAGGAGCGAAUAAUACCGCUAUAUUAAAUGCGCGUUGCAUUAAUUGUGUGCCUUAUUCUGUGGCGGCCAUUUGUGUAACCAGUUCAAAGCAAAACAACUCCUUCAUAAUAUCAACAAUAAACAAUAUUGUUAUUAAGGGAGCUCUUAAGACUUAUUAUUACGCUCGAAGUCGCAAAAAAAAAAUUUAAAUAAAAAAAACACUUGGCGACAAUGAUUUUAUCUCUGGGCAUGCAUGAUAUAACAUUGAUGAUAUAUAUAUAUUAAAAAGUGAAAAAUAAUUAAAAAAAGAAAAAAAAAAAUAAUAAACAG